AUGUCGACCAGCCCAGACUCACAGACCCUUAAAAAGGUCAAGAGCAUCGACAACGCCCACGGCGAGCACGUCGAGGACUUCAUCGACACCGUCGAGAUCAGCCUCACCCCCGCCGAGGAUGUCUCAUACGGCCGGGGCGGCGUCCGCGGCCUGUUCGACUCGCCCUUCGUCGGCGGCGCCGCCCUGCUGGCCUCCCUCGGAGGCUUCAGCUUUGGCUACGACCAGGGCGUCAUCUCCAUCAUCAACGUGAUGGAGCAGUUCCACGCAGUCUACCCUGACGCCGCCACGCCUUUUGGCAAGGGCUUCAUGACUGGCAUGCUCGAGUUCGGCGCCUUCCUUGGAUGUCUGUUCAUGCCCACCCUUGCCGAUAAGAUCUCCCGUAAGAGGGCUUUGACUGUCGUCGUGGGUAUCUUCAACAUUGGAGCCAUCAUGCAGACCGCGGCUCCGUCGUAUGGUGUCUUGGUCGCUGGCCGAACAAUCGGCGGUAUCGGUGUCGGAACUCUGGCUAUGGGCUCACCAAUCUACAUCUCCGAAAUCGCCCCACCGAAUCUGCGAGGCACCCUCCUCGUCCUCGAGUCCAUCUCCAUCGUCGCCGGCGUCGUCAUCAGCUUCUUCAUCACCUACGGCACCCGCCACAUGGCCGGUGAAGUCUCCUUCCGCCUGCCCCUCGGUCUGCAGAUGGUCUGCUCCACCCUCCUCGGCAUCGGCAUCCACUUCUAUCCCUACUCCCCGCGUUGGCUCGCUCUCGUCAACCGACCUCAGGAGGCUCUCCAGUCCCUCACCCGUCUCCGCCGCCUCCCUGCCGACGACCACCGCGUCCAGGCCGAGCACCGCGGCAUCAUCUCCGAAGUCGAGGUCCAGAAGAUCAUGCAGGAGCGCAACCACCCGGGCAAGAGCUUCCUCGCUCUCGAGUUUGCUGGCUGGUGCGAUCUCUUCAGCAAGAAGUUGUGGCGCCGCACUGCCGUUGCCGUCGGUAUCGCCUUCUUCCAGCAGUUUAGCGGCAUCAACGCCUUCAUCUACUACGCACCCACCCUCUUCCAAUCGCUGGGCCAGUCCGAGGAGAUGUCCCUCAUCAUGUCCGGCGUCUUCAACAUCCUCCAGCUCGUCGCCGUCGCCGCGUGCUUCUUCAUCAUCGACAAGGUCGGCCGCCGCCCGCUCGCCAUCUUCGGCGGCAUCGGCGGCGGCACCGCCUGGGCCAUCAUGGCCAUCCUCACGGGCGUCUACUCCAAGGACUGGGCCGCCAACCCCGCCGCCGGCUGGGGCGCCGUCGCCAUGGCCUUCCUCUUCGUGCUCCUCUACGGCAUCUCCUACUCGCCGCUCGGCUGGAUCCUCGCCGCCGAGGUGUACCCCAACUCGCACCGCUCCAAGGGCGUCGCGCUCGGCACCGCGACCGUCUGGCUGUGCAACUUCAUCGUCGGCGUCGCGACCCCGCCCAUGAUCGACCAGCUCGGCUUCGGCACGUACGUCUUCUUCGGCGCGUGGUGCUUCCUCGCCUCCGUGUGGGCGUUCUACCUGGUCCCGGAGACUAAGGGCAAGACGCUCGAGCAGAUGGACGAGGUGUUCCACGACACGUCGGCGCAGGAGGAGAAGGAGAUCAUUAGGCAGCAGAUUGCGGCGCGGCACGGGCAGACGCUGGGCGCGGGAGGCAUGGAGAGCACCAAGCUCAAUGUUUGA